GUCGACGCACUGUGGCAUUCCUGACCCACUCGUGUUGUCUCUUCUUGAAGGUUACACCCGCCGCCAUAUAGCUGGAAUAUUACUGAGUGCGGCGUAAAACUAAACUCACUCACGCUCUUGAAGGUUACGGAAAGGGGCGAGUGGUGACAAAUGGCACUGCGGUGGAGCUUUGAUCGUGUUUCCGAGUUAUCUCCCUUUCCCGAGCAGACGACGAUUUAUGUUGCAGCUUGUGCAAUCAAUAGAGCCAUACCACAGAAAAUGCACAGCAAAUCAAUUACUGAGCCAGUGGUUCUUUUUGCAAACCCCCCUCCUCUUGAAGAGUUGUGUGCAAUCACAGUGACUCUAACCAGUGGGAUAUCCUUCUCUCAGGUGGCCUCUACCUGGCAACCACAGAUACUAAAAUGCAGAGAAAUUAUUUUCACAGAGCCAGAUAUUCUAGCUACCCCUGCAUUUGACGUAGAAAAUUGUUUCUAUGUUGUACUGCAGCAAUCCUUGUUUAAAACAGGAAGAUUACAAAGCAGAUUUCAGAAGAUAGGAUUAGAGACAAGCAAGCCCUACCAUGUGACCCCUGCCCUUUACCAGUCCUGCCUCAGGUAUACCAUCAUGGCCAAGAUUGCCCCCAGUUGGAACAAAGCUGGAGAGUGGAUGGUGCAGGGUCGUGACUUUCUCACCCAUACUGGAUACACAAAUGCAGUGAAAAUGAAUUUGACAGUAAACAGGGAUGAAUUAUUUGUAUCUCUUUUGGCCACUUCAAUCAAGUUUCCACCUUUACAGGUGAUUGAUCUUGAUGUUGACCAGAACUUCCUGAAUGCAUUGCGGAUGAAUCAACAUGACUCAGUAAAAGAUAUGUUUCUUUACAACUGCUGGUGUCAUGUGUUGCCAAGCUUGAAGAGAGGGCGUAUCUGUGGUGUGAGUCGAAAUGUGCCAGAUGACGGGCCUUUUAAGUCUUAUAGAGAUCUGAAGAGACAUUGGAAGAAUACUUAUGGAUACCGACUACCAGACACAGAAGAUGACAUGAUGUUCUAUCAGAUCUCAUUUAGACAGAAUGGAGGAAAACUUUUCACUUACCCCAGUGUAUGUCUGAGAGCGGCAGAUAUGCAGCAAAUCCCUCGCAUUGACCCCAAGCCAAUUCUCAUCGCCUUCAUUCAAGACCUGCACAGCAAACUACCAUCAAUCUGUGGCCAUCCUCUGAAGUUCCUCCCUAAAGUCAGAUACACCAUUCCAGAACUCUAUGACAGUAGUCAGGUCCAAAAUGGUGCUCAUCCAAACCUGUCCAAGAGGAACCCUCACCUCUCAUCUGUCCCUCUCCGCAGCAGUAAGGACCUAUCACACAUGUAUGUUCACAAACCUUAUGCCCCGAUCACUGCACAAGCAAACAUUCAGCGUUCUCCAGCCGAGGGAGCUCCAUGCCCCAAUACGUUCCCACAGGUCACACCAAGUGAUGACACACAUUCUUCAUCUGUUUCAAGCGAAAGAACAACCUAUGAUACCAGCAAGGCUGGUAGCUCAAUGGCUUCAAUACUAGCAAGCCAUGUUGCCACCACUCACUGCAUACAUGACUCCAUCAGAAAUCGACAACAGCCAACAGUAUUUCCUGAUCGGUGCCCACUAAGAGUGAACACAUCAAAUGCAGAUUCAUACAUUGCAACACAGAGUUCCUCCAGCAGUUCCAAUAAAAUUGUUCCAGUUUUCAGACCAAAGGCUUUUAGAAGUUCAUCAGUGUACAAGGAAGCUGCUACACUUAGACAAGUGCCCAGGUUCAAACCAAAACCAAAGCCAGGUUCCUCAGACUGCCAAACAUCCCACAGUGAUACAAUACAGGUAGCUGUUGAAAAACCUGGGUCUCAUAAUGUCUUUUCUAAACACAUCACCUCGAUGACUGCUGGAGGCACUACUCCAUCAUUUGCAAGGAAAACAUUGUCAACAGCUUAUCAGACAACUGAAUCCUCUCCCAUCAAACCAAAUGCAACCCUGCAAAGACCAAAGAAAAGUCUAAGCCAGAUACAACCCCAGAAAAAUCCAAGAUCUGAACGUACAAACCCCAAUGCUCCAGGUUGCCAGACUAAGUGUAACAUCAGUGAAUCAAAUAAUAUGAAGUCCACAAGUGUGACCAACUCUACAGACUUGGUGCAGGUCGUCACUAGUCAUGGCAGUAUUCAGAAUGCUGAAUGUCUCAAGAGGAAGGCCAGUAUUGAUGAGGUUGAGAGUUCCAUGAAGAAGCCACGAACCAAAGCCCAGGUACAGGAUGUUGAUGUCGAGAUGCUGGCCAGAGCUAACCAGCUGAACAAAGUAAAUAGCGUCACUCUAUUGGCCUGGCUUAAAAUGCAAGGAGUCCCAUGCAAGACAAAAGACAAGAAAUCUGACCUCAUCAACCAUGUGAAUCAUAUCAUUCAACUUGAGAAGACAGAAGAAGAAUAAUGAGAAGAGGAGGUAUACUGAGAUACACUGCUUGUACAUAGCAGCAAGAUUAAGAAAGGAAAGGUAUCUCUUAUCAAAUUAUGCAUUCAGUAUGGAAUUAAUAGAUAAUAGCUUAGGACAUCAAAAAUCAUUACAGCAGCACAUAAUCUUAUUGUUAUAGUAUCUACAGGCAAAAGAAAUCAGCUUAUGUUUUUUUCUUUAUGUGAUGACGUAGUCUUGUAGAGAUUUUACAAAACUAGAAAUGCAAAAGUGGUUUCCAGAUUUUGAUUAUAUAUAAUAAUACUCAACAGAUCAUAAUAAAUUGUUCAUAUUUGACACAUCAUUGUCACUGAAGUUAAUCAUGGCACACAUGAAAAUGAAUAUCAAGGUGAAGGUCAUCUGUUCUAAAUAGCUUGUAAGGCAUCCAUGAGAGUCUAGAACUGCCUGGGAUCAUCGUCUCAUGAAAUCACUCAGAUCAUGAAUUGUGACCAGGGGAAUGUUCACCCACUCUUCCUUCAGUGUUUCUCUGGUUUAGAUCUGGACACCUUGAGGGCAGUGGCAGUACUUGGAUGUUGUGGUUCUCAAAAAGGCAUUGUCAGUUAAGGACACUGUCAGUCUUGCUGUGAGGUUGGGCAUUGUUGGGAUGAGGAAUGACCAUGGGUUUUUGUAGAAUGGGGAGGGACAUGUGGCUGAAGAUUUUUUUCUGUCACAUUGUGCCGUUAAAUUGCCCUGGACAUGUACCAAGUUUGUAAUACAGGAAUGGCAGAUGGCUGCCCACAUCAUUACACUCUUGCUUACAAAGCUGUCCACCCUAUAUACAGUUUCAAGUACCGGUAUAAUGUUCACCACUUUGUAAACACAUCUUCCAUCGGUACAGAGAAGCAAAAUCUUUAAUUGUCACUAAACCAAACUCCUUUCUACUGCUGUUGUGGCCAUACUCUGUUUCCUUGACACCACUGAUGUUGCAGUCAACGAUGCUGAUCGACGGUGCAUAAUAACACCUUGAACUGGUCAUAUUGGGUGAAUACCUGCAGUCGGGCAGUGGCGUUGUUACGUUGGGCUUCUGUCAGUCGUGGCAUAUGUUCACUUAGCUGUAUAGUUGUCAUGACAGACAAAUGAAUAUUGUUUUCAUAGCCCAACAAAUUAUAUUGCAAAUUCAUUUUAUGUCGGUGUGUUUGGCAGCCACAUUUCCAUGUGUUGCAUUUUUGCAUUUCCCCUACUUUUCUGGUAUUUUUUAGUCACACUAUUCUACUCACACAAAUCACUCCUGGUGAUUGCAGACAUGAGAAAUUCAUUUUGUACAAACAUGUAUUAGCAAAACUCUAAUAUUUCCAAUUUUUCUACUUUCACCAUUCUUUUUUGGCAGAGUAUACAUUUCUUUUUUUAGUAGACAUUCAUGCUCUAAAUAAAGACUCAACAGUUAAUGUCUGUAAAUGCCUUAGUAGUUUUGUAAAAAUAAUUUAUAAAAAAAUUAAGGCCUCCUGUCUCCGCUUUUGAAAGAAUAUCUAAUAUGCAGUUUUAUUGUGGCCUUCACCGUGAAAUUAUAUGUAAAUAAGUUAUUUAUCAGAUUGCCACAGUCUAAAUGCAGUCUCAAUU